AUGAAACUUACUGGAAUUGUCUGCAUCCAGGAGCACUAUGGAGCAAUUUUCAACGUGGAGAAGAAAUUGUUACAUGUGUCUGGUAAUAGAAGAUGAUGUUUCCUUCAUAGGAAUGACACAAAACUUGUACUGAGUGGGAUAGCAACACCCUGGCAUGAGAGCUCUAAUUCUAACCUCAGUGGAAAUGCUGGAGCACUGAAUGAAAAAAGUAUGAAAGCAGUGGUGACAGGAGGUGGAGGCUAUUUUGGAUACAAGCUGGGAUGUGCUCUUGCCAGCUCAGGAGCUUCUGUUGUCCUGUAUGACACAAACAAGCCUAUUUGGGAGAUUCCCAGUGGAGUAGUGUGUAUCCAGGCAGAUGUCAGGGAUUAUGAUGCCAUUUUUGCAGCCUGUGAAGGGGCUGACUGUGUCUUUCAUGUAGCUUCAUAUGGAAUGUCAGGAAGAGAGCAACUUCACAGAAAAGAGAUUGAAACUGUAAACAUUGAUGGAACAAAAUUCAUCAUUGACGCCUGCAAACAAAGGAACAUCCCUAGAUUGAUAUAUACCAGUACAGUAAAUGUGGUGUUUGGAGGGCUUUCUAUUGAAGAUGGUGAUGAAGAAACUGUGCCAUAUUUUCCCAUAGAAAAGCAUGUUGAUCAUUAUUCCAGAACCAAAUCAAUUGCAGAACAAAUGGUACUAGCAGCUAAUGGAACUCCACUAGCAGGAGGCGGUAUAUUCUAUACAUGUGUUCUUCGCCCACCAGGAAUCUAUGGACCAGAAGAGCAAAGACAUCUGCCACGGCUAGCAAAGAAUAUUGAGAGAGGGCUACUUAGCUUCAAGUUUGGGGAUCCUUCUGCUAAGAUGAACUGGGUACAUGUGGAGAACCUGAUACAAGCACAAAUCCUAGCUGCUGAUGCUCUCACUCCUGAAAAGAACUAUAUAGCUAGUGGUCAGGUGUAUUUCAUUAAUGAUGGCGAAAAAUUCAACCUUUUCGAAUGGUUAACUCCACUAUUUGAACGAUUAGGUUGCAGUAAACCAUGGAUACGUAUUCCUACUUCCUUAGUUUAUGCAUCAGCGAUAAUAAUGGAAUAUCUUCAUCUGAUGCUGAAACCAUUUGUUGAAUUAUCACCUCUGCUAACCAGAAAUGAGGUACAGAACAUUUCCAUAACCCACACGUUUCGCAUAGACAAGGCACGGCACCAGCUGGGCUACAACCCAGAGAAGUUUGCAUUUGCCGAUUCUGUGGACCACUACAUUAAAACAAGACCAGAAGCCCCGAAUCAUCACGCCUUCCUCAAAGUUUUGCUUUCUUUAAUGGUUAGUUUAAGUUUGAUCUUUCUUUCUUUAAGAUUUGAUGGCCUUUCAGCUCUGCAUUUUUUCAGAGAAAUGCAACGUUGA